AUGGCCGCCUCUCGCAUCUCCCAGAUCGCCUCCCACCUGAAGCAUCCCCUGCUCGCCGGGCAAGUCGCCAUCAUCACCGGCUCAGGCCAGGGCAUAGGCGCCGAGGCUGCUCGUCUCUUCGCCAGCGAGGGCGCCCAGGUGAUAGUCAGCGAUAUCGACGAAGCCAAGGCGCGCGCCGUAGCCGAUGAAAUCAACAGCAGCAGCAGCGCAACAGGCGGCGGGCGGGCGCUCGCCGUGGCAGGAGACAUGCUGGACCAGGCGUACAUCGACCGGCUGGUCCAGGAGGCGGCAGCGUUUGGAGGCGGCAAGAUCCAUAUCAUCGUGAACAACGCCGGCUACACGUACGACGGGGUGAUCCACAAGAUGACGGACGCGCAGUGGGACACCAUCAUGGACCUGCACACCAAGGCCCCCUUCCGGCUGGUGCGGGCGGCCGCACCCUACUUCCGCGUGCGCGACGGCGAACCCCGCUGCGUGGUCAACAUCUCGAGCACGUCGGGCGUGCACGGCAACGCGGGGCAGGCCAACUACGCCGCGGCCAAGGCGGCCGUGACAGGGCUGACCAAAACCAUUGCUAAGGAGUGGGGGCCCAACUUUGGUGUGAGGGCUAAUACCGUCGCGUUUGGGCAUAUCCUGACGAGGCUCACGCAGGCCAAGGAGGAGGGCGCCUUUGUCACAGGGCCCGGUGGCGAGAAGAUCGCGCUGGGCAUCCCGAAGGCACAGCAGGCACAAAGGGACCAGCACCUGGACAUCCCACUGAGGAGGCCUGGCACGGCGUCUGAGGCGGCCUCCGCUGUGCUGGCUGUCUGUAGCCCCAUGUUCAGUUAUGUGUCAGGACAGACCAUUAUGGUGACGGGCGGGAGGAAUAUGUAA